GCUUAUUCCCUUUGGGGUCUCAGGGGGCGCUGGUGCCUAUCUCAGCUACAGUUGGGCGGAAGGCGGUGUACACCCUGGACUGACCCAGAUUGUGCCUCUUAAAUUUAGCUGAACUCUACCGGGAUACCCUUAUGGCGGUCAAUGAGAACAAGGACAGCUGAAAGGGAAACCGAGAGGGAGAUGACAAAGGAGGAUGUUUCAGUGAUUGAGCAUGGAGAUGCUACACCUGGCUGCCGAAAUCAAGUGUCUCCCUAUCAGCGGCCAGUCACCCACCAGGUGUCCUCUGCACCAAUGCCUGACGAUUGUGAAUUCGCCUUUUUCGACCCUAGCGACCCACAAUGCAAGGAGGUUCUGCAAGAUCCCUGCACCACCAUACCGGAACUGUUUGCUGUUCUUCGGCAAUGGGUUCCCCAGGUUCAGAAAAACAUUGACCUGAUUGGCAACGAGAUCAUCAAGAGAGGUUGUGGUGUAAAUGAUCGAGAUGGCCUGACGGACAUGAGCCUUCUGCACUACUGCUGCAAGGCUGGAGCUCCGGGCAUUGGUGAUGCAUAUAAAGCAGCUGCCUUUGCCCGACACCUACUUGCCUUGGGUGCAGAUCCGAAUAUUCGCUCUCGGUGGACAGACAUGAGGGCUCUUCAUUACGCUGCCUACUUUGAUGUGCCCCAGCUCAUUUGUGUGGUGAUGCAGGCCUCUCAGCCUGAAGAUGUAGAUGCCACCUGCAGUGACUUUAAUUCCGGCACCGCCCUGCAUAUUGCAGCAUCCAAUCUGUGCACAUCAGCUGUCAAGUCUCUUUUGGAGCUGGGAGCUAAUCCUGCUUUAAAGGACGAUAAAGGCCAGUGUCCGUUUGAUGUCAUUCCUGACCCUCUCAACAUGUCCUUGGAGAUGGAGGAUGCUCCCGCCUUGGCCAAAGAGCUCCGGACUUUACUAAGAGAAGCUUCGCCACAGCCUGGUUUCUUGCCAAGUACAUUGCAAGUCCAGCCCCCUCCUCUUUACGAAAAGGCGAGAACACAUCUGGCUUCCAUCGGAAUCCAACUUGGUGACCGUGUAAUGAUAGCUGGGAAGAAGGUUGGAACUCUGCGAUUCUGUGGCAGCACAGAGUUCUCUGAGGGGCUUUGGGCUGGCGUGGAGCUUGACAAACCAGAGGGAAAGAAUGAUGGCUCUGUAGCAGGCAUCCAGUAUUUUACCUGUCAAUUCAAACACGGAGUAUUUGCUCCUCUUUCCAAGAUAAGCAAACCUUUGGAAAGGUGUAAAACAAGCACCAGUAAAGCAUCUACACCCGUACGUCCCCCUCGUCGUCGCAUUCCCUCCAAGAUUAACACAGGAUUGGGUGGUUUUUCCCAAUCACUCUCUUCUUCUUCAUCCUCACUGGACUCCCGUCAUGGACGACGUCUUGGACCGCAUCCCAGGCAAAGUCUUUCUGUCAGGCAGCAAUGGGAGCAGAGUCCUCGGAGCACACCCUCCCCAGGCUUUCGCUCUUCUCCCGGCAUAGCUGCAGCAGGAAGCUUACGAAGCCAAUCCCCCUCUGCUUGGGGCCCUGAUGUGCGUCUGGGGGACAGAGUGCUGGUCGUUAGCCAGAGAACCGGCAUAGUUCAAUACAAUGGGAAGACCAGCUUUGCUCCAGGAUUCUGGUUGGGAAUCGUACUCGACACACCCAGUGGGAAAAAUGACGGCUCAGUGGGUGGUGUAAGAUACUUCAGCUGCCCACCAAGGCAUGGAGUAUUUGCUCCUCCAUCUCGUGUUCAAAGGAUUCAUGGAUCUGUUGAUUGCCUCUCAGAGCUUUCCUCGUCGCAUCUCAAUCGUCCUUUCAGCGGAAAGAUCCGUCGCAGUUCAAGUACAUCGUCGACUAUCGCCGCUCCAAAGGAAACAAGGAAAAGAAGCCCUGUUACCAGGAGCCGUUCCAACCCCCAUCGCCAACGCUGGAACACCCUGAGUGGCAGCAGCCACAGCGUUUCAGGCAGUACUGCAGGUACCGUUUCCAGUUCUGACAGCCAGGCCCGCCUCCAUGUGGGCAUGCAGGUCCUGUUGAACAGUGCCAAUGAGAUGGCCUCCAUUCGUUACUUGGGCACAGCUGACUUCGCCCCUGGCCUGUGGCUGGGUCUCGAGCUCCGAGGCCCCAAAGGAAAGAACGACGGCUCUGUUGGUGGCCGCCGCUACUUCACCUGCCGUACUGGCUGUGGCAUGCUUGUCCGUCCGAGCCGUGUCACCUAUCAUGGGAUCAAUGGAUCCCGCUUGGUGGAUGAAAACAGUUGAGAACAGGAAUUAUUCCAACACAACUCCAGAGAAGGUUCACUUGUAGGUGGGAUCUGUUUGUGAGUCUUACUACAUCUAUCGAUCAGAGAUUUUUUCAUUUAGAACUUGUGGGUUGAAACCUACCUUGAUCCUCCAAGCCUAGCUAAUUGUUACGUGAAAUACUGCACUUUAUUGCAUAAUAUUUGAAUUCCCAAUGGAUUAAACUGCAGAAGGGAGCUCUUCCGAGGAUGUCGUAGUUGUAAUGAUUUGUGCAGUCCUUUGAGACAUUUGUGAUUUGGGGCUAUAUAAAUGAACAUUGAUUGAUUGAUUGAUUGAAAAAUAUACAAAGCACUGCAAUACUUUUAAAUAAACAUUUGUUUCUUAGAUCAGAAUAUAUUUAGCAGGUGAUAUGGAUAUGCACAUUUUUAAAUACAGUUUGAAACUUAAAAUCUCUGUAGGAUAAUUUAAGUGCAUUACCUUAAUUAAGCAGAAGUGUUUUUCAUCACUAAUAACUUGGAUACAAGGGAAUAACUACGUAUUGAUGGACAUAAAGUCAGUCUAAUCAAAACUUCCAUUCUAAUACAUUUGGAGCAACACAAAUAUAUCUUACUGUACAAUGUCAAGUAGUGAUAAAAAUGACUGAAAUGCACGUGGUUUUGAUCCCAUCCUUACUUGGCAUUCUAAAAUAGGAGUCUAGCAGAGAACAACCGAAAGGUGAACUGCAAUUUUUUGGGAUUUUUUUUCCCAUUCACAAUCCUUAUGUGAGUAGUUUUCCUUUCUGUGCGUUUUAAAUAUUUUAAAUCUGCUUUUACGAGGUGGCUAACAAUGGAGGUAAUGGGAUUCAUCUACUCCGCCAAUAAACUGCUCUAAAAACCAUCAACAACGCUCAAUUUACAGUACAUGCUGUGACUGUUGUGUUUGACUAAGGGGAGAUGAUGACACAGACACCAGGGGGUUUAGAUCCAAGUAUUUUGUUAUGUACCGUAUUUCCUUUAAUAUGUAGUAUGCGCCUGCCUUGAAUUACUGCCGGGUCAAACUCGUUUCGCAAAACAAUUAGCGCGUGCUUAGCAUUACUGCCGGCUCAGGAUUAACGCCGGGUAAAACUCGUUUCGCAAAAUAAUUAGCAUAUGCCUAGAAUUUCCGCUGGGUCAAACUCGUCACGUCACCAGUGACACUUCCCCUGUCUUCAUUUUAAAAAUGGAGGAGGCUUAUUUCAAUAAUGCAAAAUCAAAUAAAAGGAAGACGAUUAAGAGCUAUUCAGUAGGAUUUAAGGUCCAAGCUAUUGAAUAUGCUAAAAAGAACAGUAAGCAGCUAUGUUUAUUAAUAUACCGUAGCUGCGUGUGUCAAAUAUGAGUCAUUAAAUGACUCCCACCUCCUUCUUGCGACUACUCGGCUGCAGAAGAAGUGACAACAAGCAGCAAGAGUGAGCAGCGAAUGCUUAUUUUUUCCAAUCGCUUGCACGUUUAACAUGGAGCAUUACAUACAGUAUCUAAAAUAAAACUGUUUUCUAAACUGGACUUUCAAUUGAAGCAGGAGGUAAUAAAGGAAGAUCUCUAUCGAGACAGAGACUUUUAAAACUGAAGAAAGAUAAGGAAGACUUCUAUAAACAAGUUAUCGAUGCUUUUAAUCAGGGGGAGCUGCGCAUGGACUUCAUUUGUAAGUAAAGGUAAGACCAUCCUUCCAUUUUCUACCGCUUAUUCCCUUUGGGGUCGCGGGGGGCGCUGGGGCCUAUCUCAGCUACAAUCGGGCGGAAGGCGGAGUACACCCUGCACAAGUCGCCAGCUCAUCGCGGGGCAGGUAAGACCAUAAUAACCUCUUUUAUUAAAUGUGCUUUUCUUGAUGGUAUCCUUACAUCACACUCAAAUUUAUAAGCGCAGGCCUAAAUUUCCCGCAUGCUAUUGGUAAGUGCCGGAGUGAGAAGAGGUUUUAAAAUAAUUAGCGCAUGCUUGCCUUUACCGCAUGCCUUUGGUAAACGGCGGGGUGAGAAGAGGUUUUAAAUUAAUUAGCGCCCCGGCGGCAAUUCAAGGAAAUACGGUAUAUUAUAAUAUAUAUAAUAAAAGAUAGUAAAUAUACUAACUAAGGAAAUAGAGUAUGACUAAAAUCCAAGAGUGUGUAUGGUAUAAGACUAUGUGUGUAGAUUAUCUGUUUGAGUGUUAUCGUAAAUGGUGAACGAGAGACGAGGAAGUCCAGGAGAAAGAGAAGUCUACAGAUCUGAGUCCAAAGCGGGGGAAGUAACGGAUCAAGGGAGGCAGUCAGAGUCCAGAGGAGGAUCCAGGGAAAAAUUAGGCGACGGAGGGUACUACUGUGACGACACAAGAAAACACACACUGAAAACAAGGAGGGGAAAACACAGAGAGAGCUGGAUUGCAUCAAGCAGGACGUGGCUUUCCGUACGCGAACAGGUUAUAUUCCGGCGCAGGAUGGCAGGUUGAGCAGGCUUAAGAAGGCAGCUCGCUCAUCACAGGCAGGUGCGCUGAUUGCCGGUGAAUGAUUGCAGCAGGGGGCUGCUGCAGGACAGAGACCUGCCCAGCGCGUCCCUGAAUGUGGGCUGCCGUGUACGUGUCCCGAGGUGCGACAAGCAGAGCGCAAAGAUGGCCGUGACAGUGACAUGAAUAUUAACCAAGCUAUAUAGACAUUGUUAUUAUAAGAGCUCCAUGGGGGAACUACUUUGAUGGCAUUGUGACCCAUCGCCUUGCUCACACUGCUUAUCCUACCUCUAGCUUGUAACCAGCUUCUUGCUACUAACUUGCUUGACCGGCUUGUAACGUUGUUUGCAACCCACCAUAAAAUAAGCUUGAGCUAUAUUUGUUGCUGCUGUAUUGCCUUUGAGUUAGGAAAUGCUAAUGCUAGGUUAUAAAUCAUUCCCCUUCACCAGUAUAGAAGAAUGGUCUGGCACCAAGCGGGAAAAUGUAUGGCUCUCAAUAAAAGGAACACAUCAUAAGACCACCGCAACAUCGCGAGGAAACAUCUAUUUUUAUCUGAGGAGUGAGGUUUAUUCAGAAUUUUUAUCAACUCAAAAAUAAUACAGCAAGUGCUGAAAGAUACAACAUCCCAUUUGUCAGCAUCCCCCUGAGAGUGGACAUUUUCUUAUGUUCUUAUUUGAAAUACUUGGCACAUAGCGUUUAACGCUACUGUUGCUGUGCGCUGUGAAAUCAAUGUGCCCAGGAUAAAGUAAUGCCUAAAAUGACCAAAAUACGUAAAUAUUAAACGUCAUCAUGAGUGUGCCUGUCACUACAUUACAGUACAUAAAUACAGCAUGUUCAUGAAAUAUUGUUUUUACAGGGCUUCUAAAUUGUAUCCACUCUACCUGCUUUGUUAGCUGCCUCUUACAAGCAGUUUUUCAUUAUCUAAAACGCACAGAAGAAGGGAAGGACGUGUGUUCUCACAUAAGGAUUGUGGCUUUCUACAAAUGUAUACUUUUAACGAAUCAUCUCCUAGUGUACAAUAACAUUACAUUAAAACAGGGGUGUUCAAAGUGUGACCCACAGCUGUUUUUUUUAAUUGGCCAGCGACACAUUCUUAAGACAAAAAAAAGGAAAAAAAGGGAAAAAAAAUUAACUGGCCCAAUUCUCCCCAAAAAAUGGGACCUGAAAACCAAAAUGGCCAACAAAUGUGUAAGUUCGUUGUUGAUUCCCAUGCGUCCUGUCAUGUCUACACAUUUCUUGCAAGAUUUGGUAAGUUAUUGUGUGUGCUAGAGCCUUCAAAAAAUGUAGUUGGCAGUAUGAUAAUAAUAUUUGUAGAGAAUAAUGAUAAAAAUGAGAGAUGUCCAAUAAUGGCUUUUUUGGCGAUAUUCCGAUAUUGUCCAACUCUUAAUUACCGAUACCGUUAUAGACCGAUACCGAUAUAUACAGUCGUGGAAUUAUCAAAUUUUUAUGCUUAAUUUUGUUGUGAUGCCCCGUUGGAUGCAUUAAAUAAUUUAACAAGGUUUUCCAAAAUAAAUCAACUCAAGUUAUGGGGAAAAAAAAUGCCAACAUUGUACUGCCAUAUUUAUUAUUGAAGUCACAAAGUGCAUAAUUUUUUUUAACAUGCCUCAAAACAGCAGCUUGGAAUUUGGGCCAUGCUCUCCCUGAGAGAGCAUGAGGAGG